UUCUCGGGCGAACACAAGUCACAAGACCUGUCAGCUGAACUAAAUCGCAAAAGAAGAAAAUUUUUCGUAGUGAAAUUCUGCCCAAAAAAAAGAUUCAAUCCCAUCUACAAAAUAAAUUAUAGUUCCAAUAGAAUACCAUCUCCUUAAUAUUGAAUCAUCACUCAAACAAUGUCUGACGUCAAAGGACUUAUAAAUCUGCCCGAUGAGAACAUCGACAUGAUUGCUGCCACUAGUGUGCUCCAACAGCAGGCCACUGACAUCCGUCAGAAGACCAUCAACUGGCAGUCAUAUAUGCAAUCCCAGAUGAUCUCCCAGGAGGACUAUCAAUGCAUCAGCAGUCUCGAUACUGCCAAGGUCGCCUACCUCCAGCAGAAUCCCAGCCAGGCUGUGAAGACCUUCCUCAAUCUCCUUGCCCAUGUAUCCAAGGACUCUACCAUCCAGUAUAUCCUCGUCAUGAUUGACGACAUCCUCCAGGAGGAUCGUUCUCGUGUCGAAUACUUCCACGACUACGCUCUCAAGAAGAAGGAGUGCGUGUGGGGACCAUUCUUGAAUCUACUCAAUCGUCAAGAUGGUUUCAUCGUCAAUAUGUCGUCGAGAAUUCUUGCCAAAUUGGCAUGCUGGGGCAAGGAACUUAUGCCAAAGUCUGACUUAAACUUCUAUUUGCAAUUUUUAAAGGAUCAGCUGACCGUCAACGCUAAAUCCUACAUUAACGACAUGGCAUUGUUUGCCAAACGUGUCCAAACCGUGGUCACCCACCAGCACGGACACAGCGGUCACCACAAAGAGCAUCAUCACGGUGGAAAUCAUCAUUACAGUCCCUUUAGCAGCCAGCACUCGCACAAUGAGCAGCAAUCUCACGAGUCGUAUCGCGCUGUAUCCGGUGAAUUGUCCAACUCGUCAACUGCAGCAGGGAGUGCUAUUCCGAGCAACGAGUACAUCCAAUCGGUUGGACGCUGUUUGCAAAUGAUGCUGCGCAUCGAUGAAUAUCGCUUUGCUUUUGUUUCGGUCGAUGGUAUCAGUACUUUGAUUAGUAUCCUUUCAUCAAGAGUUAAUUUCCAGGUUCAAUAUCAACUGGUAUUCUGCUUGUGGGUGCUUACUUUUAACCCAUUGUUAGCUGGAAAGAUGAACAAGUUCAGUGUUAUUCCCAUCUUAGCUGAUAUCCUUAAUGAUUGUGCUAAAGAAAAGGUUACUCGCAUUAUUCUAGCAGUGUUCCGCAAUUUAAUUGAAAAACCCGAGGAGGCCCAAGUCGCUAAGGAGCACUGCAUUGCAAUGGUUCAGUGCAAGGUUCUGAAACAGUUGUCCAUUUUGGAGCAACGUCGCAUCGACGAUGAGGAUAUAACCGCCGAUGUCGAAUUUCUCACCGACAAACUUCAGAAUUCUGUACAGGACUUGAGCUCGUUCGAUGAGUACGCCACCGAGUUGAAGAGUGCCCGUUUGGAAUGGUCUCCAGUACAUAAGUCGGCCAAAUUUUGGCGUGAAAAUGCACAACGCCUUAAUGAGAAAAAUUAUGAGCUGUUGAGAAUUUUGGUACACUUGCUGGAGACAUCCAAGGACCCCGUGAUUCUCUCGGUUGCAUGCUUUGAUAUUGGCGAGUAUGUUCGUCACUACCCAAGGGGCAAACAUGUCCUUGAGCAACUGGGCGGUAAGCAAAUUGUUAUGCAACUCCUCGGUCAUGAUGACCCUAAUGUUCGUUAUGAAGCUCUUCUUGCCGUUCAAAAAUUAAUGGUCCACAAUUGGGAAUACCUUGGCAAGCAGCUCGAAAAGGAGAAUGAGAAGACACAACCCUCAGGGGGUUCUACGAUCAGUGGAAAGGCUUAGACAAGACACACACGUCAUCAGAAUAAGAUUGCUUCUAUUACAAAAGAAAACAUUAAUCAUAAUAUAAUAACAAAAUAUACUACAAUAAAGUCUACUGUCUACCGAUGUCAACUUUAAAUUUCAUCUUCUCCCACAUAAAAUGAUAAAAACCAUUCCAACCAUUCGAAUUCUUCAAGGAUUUUACUAAAAAACAAUACAAAUUGGAGGCAGUCCAUUUCUUGUUCUCGUUUGCAUCAAAUGCAGGGAACUUGUUAUGAUAAAUUAAUAAAAGUAUUUUGUUUGUUCUUUUUAUUUUUGUUUACAUUAAUCUUGCGUGUAUAUAAAAAGUAGGGAAAGAAUAGCUUUUUUGUUUUAAACUAUUUUUGAAUAUAAUUAUUGUAAAACGCAAAACAUCAUUGAAGGAAAAAUCGAUUUCAAAACCAAUAAUUUUGUUUUGUUCGUUGUCAUAAUUCAACUAAUAAAAAUAUGUUCGUUGUUGUAAAUUAAAAGAAUAAAUGCGUUUUAUCUUAAAAUUGUA